AAAUCUGAGGAAGCCAGCAAGUCUGUCUCCACGUCUCCCUGUGGUCCUGGCACACAAGAAGACAUCGCACUGGAAAAUAUGCUGUUCUGCCAUUCCCAGCCUGAGUCCUACCACCAGCACUCUGCUAGUUACAUUAGAGAGGCCUUGGCGCCUUUCUUGAAAAACGAAGAAGCCAGGCUUAUGGCUGAAAAUGGUGCAAAGAGGACCCCAUUCCAGUACAUUCUGUGUGCAGCCACCUCGCCGGCUGUGAAACAGCAGGAGGAGACUCUCACUUAUCUCAACCAAGAGCAUUGUGCGCGUGGUGUUUCAUGAUCGUCGACUGCAGUAUAUGGAGCACCAGCAGCUGGAGGGAUGGAGGUGGAACAGACCCGGAGACCGAAUCCUGGACAUAGAUAUCCCACUGUCAGUGGGGAUCCUGGAGCCUCGUUCACACCCUCUGCACCUCAACACCAUCGAGUUCCUCUGGGAUCCCGUCAAGAACGCCUCCAUUUUCAUCCAGGUUAACUGCAUCAGCACUGAGUUCACCCCCAGGAAGCAUGGCGGGGAGAAGGGCGUGCCCUUUCGUAUCCAGGUUGACACUUUCACCACCAAUGAACACGGCGAAUACAUGGAGCAUGUCCAUUCCUCCAGCUGCCAGGUCAAAGUCUUCAAGCCUAAAGGAGCUGACCGCAAACUGAAGACGGACAAGGAAAAGAUUGAUAAAAAGGCCGCUCAAGACAGAGAAAAGUAUCAACCCUCCCAUGACACCACGCUGCUAAAAGAGUGUUCCCCGUGGCCCGAUGCCCUAAAUCUCACCACCACCACCCACAGUGGCUGCAGCACUCCAUCACCAGUUUACCACAGCUCCCCAGUUCCCUGUAGUUUCACAGAUGGCAACUGUUCUCCAAACCAGCAAGGGGAGCUGCUCAUGCCCGGCUGCUCUGAUCACCUUCUGCCAUCGUCCUCGCCACAGAACACUCAGCAGUGGCUACACCGUCACAGGUUCUCGCCUUUCUCAAGGCUCUUCUCCAGCUUCUCAGGUGCUGAUCUGUUGAGGAUGAGCAGGGAGGAUCUGAUCCAGAUAUGUGGCCCGGCAGACGGCAUUCGCCUCUUUAACACCAUGAAAGGAAGGUGUAUACAGCCCCGCCUUACCAUCUACAUGUGUCAGCAGCAGGCAGGAAAUCAUCCUCCCAUCAAGCCAGGGGGCGGAGACAUCUACCAUGCUCUGUACCUGGAGGAGCUGACUCUGUUGGACCUGUCUGAAAAGAUCGCCAUGCUGUACAGCAUCACCCCACAGCAGAUUACACACAUCUACAGACAAAAACCCACUGGGAUCCACGUCUUAGUCUCUGACGAGAUGGUGCAGAACUUCAGGGAGGAAACAAGCUUCAUCAUCAGCACUAUAAGGGGUAAUUCGUUUUAUAGUCCACCUUCAAUAUCACAGCUCACUAUUAAAUAUUUAGUAUCUAUUCUUAAUCAUUGGUAUUUUUGAAUGAUCUUGUAUCAGAUUGUUUUCUGUUACGCAGAUGAAAGCACUGAUGGCUACCACGUCGUGUUGAAGUGACCAGCAGGUCACUCAGGAGGUUCUUCUAUCAAUGCAAUUGUACAGAUUGUAUGUAAAUCGCUCUAGACUACAUUAUGUGACAUUUAAGAUUUACAGAACAGUAAAAUGCCAUUAAGCUCUCAGUUUACUGUUGAUUUUGUGUUUUUGCUUAGUUCUUUAAUUUUCUUUAUUUGUAUUUUUGUCAAGUUACUGAUUCAUGUUUGAUAUGUCUUGUAAUUAGUGGUAAACAGUGCUGUAUUACUCAUUCACAUACAUUUUUUGGCUUUAACACCUAUAAAUGCAAUAACUGUCAUGAUAAUAAAGCAAAGUAAAUCUCAUACAUCAUCAUCCAGACAAAUAGAAAAGAAAAAUGAACAAAGUGUUUUAUGUCCCUGCUCUAUUUUUUUUGUCUUGAAUAUGAAUUGCUGUGGUGUGCCAUAUAAUGCGUGUCUGGCUUUGUUGCUAUGAGGCUGAAUAUUUUCUGGAUGAAGUGGAAUGCAAUAUUUUAAACAAUUCAGAUGUUUAGGCCUGCACAAAGGCCUGCGGUAGACAGUAUCAACUAAAGCCGGUUCAAACAGGGGCAGUGGGCUGCAGUUUGGAUCUAUGGUUUUGAAUUGUUGUAUCUUCUAUGUAUUUUAGUCCAAAUAAAAUAUUUUGCACUGUU